AUCCUUCAGAAAAGCAGCUCAGCCUGUACCCCUCCCAGGAAGAACAUUUGACCCUGUGUCUUAGGAAGACGGCAUUGCCCUUUUUUAUCUGCUGCUUGGAAAACACAGAUGCCAGGAAUCAUCCUAUUCUGCACCAAUUCUGAGACAAUGCUGCCCCCCAACUUCUCAGGGCUGCUCUUGGCCUGCCUGCUGCUCACAGGCCUGGCCCAUGGUGAGAAUGCCCCUGCUGCUGCUGCCGCUGUUCGAAGGUCCUGUCCUGAAGGGUCCAAGGCAUUUGGUUCCUACUGCUAUGGUUUCUUCAGUAUAGAAAGCACUUGGGAUAGUGCAGAGAUAAGCUGCCAGAGAGACACCUCGGGCCACCUAGUUUCCCUCAUGAAUGGGGCUGAAGCUUCCUUUGUGGCCUCCCUGGUGGCUGAGAGUGGAGGCAGCCAGCUCCCCAUCUGGAUUGGCCUUUAUGACCCUAACAAGAACCGCCGCUGGAGAUGGAGCAGCAAUGCUUUAUUAACCUACAGCGCUUGGAUUCCCAGUGCCCCAAGCAGCACCAGUCCUGGACACUGUACGAGUUUGACAAAAGAAACAGAAUUCAAAAAAUGGAAAGAUUUUCCAUGCUCAGCCAAGAACUAUUACAUCUGCAAGUUCACAGCCUAAAGAUUACAAGCCAGAGAAAGAAAUGGGAUUCGGCUUCCUUGAGAUCCAUCCUUGUUGGCUACAGGCUCUCUCCCCUCUCAGAAACAUCUCCCCACCUUCCUUCCAAUUCCCAUGUCUCCCCCUUUGUAACUGCCCUCUGCUCCCUCUUUUCCCUUCAUUUAACAUGUCUAUUUUACACUUACCUUUCCUUGGCUUCCUGGAACAAAACAUUGAACAAUCAAAAUAAAGUAUUAUCUUUUCCAAAC